GUUCGCUUUGCACUUAGACCCGCAUGCGAAAGGUCGUGAUUUCGAUUAUCACAUUGUCCAUACCACGAAACUUUUUUUUCUUAUCUUUUUAUUUUCUUCCCUUCGGAUUCUCAAAAGCUGGUGAGUUUGAAUAGUAUUUUAUGGUCUUAAUUUAAUGCAGCUCGUCGUGCCUGUCUUCCCUUCCGGCUGACACAUUUGACAUCGCCCGCCAAUCUGCCCCAACUGGCCGCCUAUGGAGCUUGCCUCAUUACCCACCCGCGACACAGGCAGUACGUGUAACAAACAUGGCUUCCACGAUGAGUGGGAGGCCAUUGUACUGGCGAUUCCUUGUAUUUACAAUUUUGGCAUUUUUAAUUAGCCGGUCUACCGCGUCUUUGGGGGAUAUGCUCCCAGAUUUCAAGGAAUGCGUAAUGAUAUGCAAGACUGAAAAUUGCGGUAGUGGAAAGACAUCUAUACCCCUCCACCUCCGCCUCUUACUCUGGGACUGUCCAGCGGAAUGUGACUACACAUGUCAACACAUCAUUACGGACCGACGCGUUAACCGCGACCCUCCGAUGCUGGACCCCGUUGUCCAAUUCCACGGAAAAUGGCCCUUCUACCGAACACUAGGCAUGCAGGAAGCUUUCUCCGUUAUCUUCUCCUUCAUGAAUCUCCUCGCCCAUCACCAUGGUAUGUCGCGGGUUCGAGAGUCGAUACCACCAUCGUAUCCGUUGCGCAGGUUCUACCUCGCCUUUGGAUACUUCGGCUUGGCCAGCUGGGUAUUCAGCAUGGUUUUCCAUACCCGUGAUCUGCCCCUGACUGAAAAGCUCGAUUACUACGGUGCGGGUGCAAGUGUGAUGUAUGGGUUAUAUCUGUCUGUUGUUCGAAUACUCCGCCUCGACCAGACACGUCCCCGUUACAAGCCGACGCUGCUCCGGUACUGGACGCUCAUCUGUACGGGAUUGUACAUUGCGCAUGUCUCCUACCUGAGCUUCUGGUCGUGGAAUUAUACGUAUAACAUGGCGGCAAAUGUGGCAGUGGGGAUUGUGCAGAAUUUCCUGUGGACGUGGUUUAGUAUCUCGCGAUACCGGAAAUACAUGAAAUCGUGGACGGCAUGGCCAGGUAUGAUAGUUGCGUGGAUUAUCGUAGCUAUGAGUCUGGAGCUGUUGGACUUUCCGCCUUUGUAUGGACUUAUCGACGCGCAUAGUCUGUGGCAUUUAGGGACUGUAGUGCCUACUGCUUGGUGGUAUUCGUUCCUUGUCAGGGAUGCUCAGGAUGACAUUGCUGGAGAGCGGGUUAAAGCUUGAAUUAUAUCCAUAUUCAACUUCUGAUGUAAGCUCUAUUUGGGUUAGGAAAUAUUACUGGAGGCAUAUAGAUUUUUAUAUUGGGGGAUAUAUGAAUAUAUUUUCAGCGGACUCUAGUUAUUACAUUAGAUAUAUCAUUCUUUUGGAAGUUCAAUUGGACUGGAUUUCGACCUUUUACUUUUAUACUUACCCCUCAAGAAGGCUCCCAAGGUUGCUGCACAGUUUUAUCUCCUAAGGUCUCACAUCCUGGCGCACAGCCAAACAAAGCAAACUGCGUCCUUGGCGCCAACGCAACAUCUGACAUCGGU